AUGGCUUUGCAUCUCGAUCCUCCCUGCCGCGCCGAGCAUAUAGGCUCGCUCCUCCGCCCGCAGACGCUUAUCGCUAAGCGCUUCGAGUAUGAGGGCCAGAAGUGUAGCCACGAAGACCUGCAGGUGGUGGAGAAUGACAGUAUCCCUGCAGUCGUCAAGCUACAGCAAGAAGUCGGAAUCAAGAGCAUAACUGACGGCGAAUUGCGCAGAGGCGCCUUUUAUCAGGGCAUGUUCGAGACUUUGGGCGGAAUGACGGUCGUCCCUGAGCGUUCUCUAUCCACUUUCAAGGCAUAUCUUCCCUACGUGGCUAUCUUCCACAUGAUGGGUCUCACCGAGUACUCGUCGAUUUAUACAACGGCGACGGCCGGAAAAAUUGAACGGACGAAAGGAGUCCAUACCGAGGACUUCAAGUUCCUGAGGGGACUCGUUGUGCCAGAAGAUGUGAAGUACGUCAAAAUUCCCAUCUGCGGUCCUACCUGGAUGCACCUUCGCCAUGGCACCGAACACACGUACGACAAAUCCGUCUAUGCAUCCGACGCCGAGUACUUCGAGGACCUCAUCAAGGCGUAUCGCGAGGAGAUAGACGAACUGUAUCAGCUGGGAUGUCGUAACAUUCAGUUCGAUGAUCCAACGUUCGCCUUCUUCUGUGCGGAAUCGAUGAUCACGGGCAUGGAGCAGGCCGGCAUCAACCACGAAGGCCUUCUGGACAUGUACAUAGAGAUCUAUAACCGUAUCCUUGCAGGGCGCCCGGGGGAUCUCACUGUGGGCGUCCACACGUGCAGAGGUAACUUCAAGGGGAUGCACUAUUGCGAGGGUAGCCUCGAGAGAAUAGCGGAGAAAUAUUUCAGAAAUCUGGACGUCGACUGCUACUACCUAGAGUACGACACAGAACGCUCGGGAGGCUUUGAGCCAUUGCGAUUUCUACCGCGCAACAAAAUUGCCGUGCUAGGGCUUGUGUCAACGAAGGUUCCUCAGCUUGAAAACAUCGCGGAACUCAAGGCACGCAUCGAGGAGGCUGCCAUGAUAGUCUCAGAAGGGGAACCGAAACGUUCGAGACAGGACGCGUUGAAUCAACUCUGUCUGAGCCCGCAAUGCGGCUUUGCGUCUGUGUUUGAGGGCAACCCGAUCAGCGAGGAGGAGGAACGACGCAAGCUGGAGCUGGUGGUGGAGGUCGCGAAGCAGAUUUGGGUAUGA